AUGGGCCUGAGCCUGUCGGAAUGCCCUCGUGUGGGGUCGGUCGCGCAAAAGCACGCCGUCUACACCGCGAAGGAGGAGCAGUUCCUGGUCGAGAACAACUGCGGAUGGCGGGUGGGGCUGAUGACGGACUGGACUGCGGCGGAGGCUCUUCAGUCCAUCUACGGCGUCCUGCGCUCCUACGGGAUGGAGUGGAAGGUGGUCUCACCUUUUCACCUCGUCGUGCGGACAACACCGCAGACUUGGCAGGUAAUACACCACCGCGAGACAGGAGCCCAUCCCGCCAGUGAAAAAACAGCUUUGACCAAGCACACGGAUGAGGGGGAAAAACGGGUUAUCCUUGGUAUCUACUUGUUCCGAAUCCACGAGCGACAUGAUAAGGGGUUUGUGGUGGAUUUUAGUAUUCUGCGGAACACAUUGUUGGGCUUGAACAUUGUUAUUUACAUUUCGGAUGCGUUGAUUCGAUACAUCGGAUAA